UAUUCCAAAUCUCCAGCAAAUAAUCUGAUUUACCUACGGGUCGCCGACCCCAUCCAUGCGUGCACACCGCAUAUUCGACGUGCUCCAGAACACUACGAAGGCCGGAUUGCUGCAAAAUUUGUUCUGCUGGUGGAUGAUGCCGAUUGUGGUGACGAUCCCAACCACACCAAGCUACUGCAUGCUUACAACAAAGGCUACGACGGUGUAAUCGUCUAUUCUGCGGAGCCCAAUGAUGAUGGUGAUGAGUUACCAGUGCUUGAUAUGCCGACAAACAAGGCUGACAAGAUCAAGCUCAAUGUCGACUUGGUGGGCCAACAUGAUGGAACUGAGCUCAAAAGAUUUGCGUUCGUCUCUGGUUCUGCUGAAAAAUACAUUCUACGAUUUACUAACUCCACGCCCAGUGACCGGAAGGCAAGGACACACAGGCAAAGCAAAUCAACGCACACCAAACGCCUAUUAAAGCCGGAAGCCGCACGGAUCAUCACGAAGUGGACAUUUGCCGACUUCUCUGUUUGUGUGGCUGCAGUUGUGCUAUUGUCUUCUGCAUUGGGAGCACUGCUGAUCCGAAGAUGUCGAACUCGAACGUCUGCUGAACAACCGGUAAAUGUUAACGAUGGAACCAGCAGCGAAGAUAGUAGUUCGGACAGUGAAACCGACGAAUCAGGAAGCACCCAGGACAACGACGAUGACCAUGAUGAUGAAAUCGACGAUGAUGGCAUAGAUGUACUAUUUUUUCGUGCCAGGCCUCGAAGUGCCCGACAGUUGUAGUACUUCAAGAUGUGUUCUUGACCGAAUGGCUGACUGGUUAUUCUCGAUAUGGCCGACAAACGGUCGAACUGUGAUUGAACUCCUGUUACACCAGUUGACCCCCGACCUCCCUAUGGUCGUUGCUUCGCGGUGCUUCCUUCUGCAGCUUGCACUUGUCUUUCUGAUGAUAUCAAUACUCUACAUUCUGUGAUUCUUGUCAUUAAUGCUGAUUGUGUUUAUUUGAUUACGUUUCAGCUUAUAACUGUGCCGAUAAAUGGUGGGAAAGGUUGUUGCCAAAGUCCGUUGAUUUCCUAUUUGCUUUUGCCAAACAGCUGGUGUGCAGGCCUGCUUGAAGCAUCAAACGUCGGCAGGGUUGAUAUUCAAAUGUACAGAGUGUAUAUUGUGCACAUGACUACUUCAGUAGUUGUACUGGUAGUUUGGU